GAAGUGACCGCUUUGUCCGUGGAAAAUGGGCCUCGCAAAUUAUUCGUGAAAUCUAGUCCACGAUCCCAAAAAUACAAAAAAUAUGUUUAUUUUACAACAUUUAUAACAUCCGUUGUGUUAAAAAAGACAAGUGAUUAUUUUUGGGUAAUUUUUGCAGUUUUUUUAAUGAAGUAGCCGGUGACGAUUAGUUCAGAUGCAAGGGCUGAUAUUGUCACAGUCCAUUGAAGAGGACCGAGGCAUAGUUUUGAAUAUGGGUGAUAGCUGAAAGGAAACGCUGGCGAUCAACGUUGGAAAAGUAAAGAAAAAUGCGCUGGAUAUUUCCCGUACCAGUUCUCCUGAUGUCAUGGUUCGGAGUGGACCAAGUAAAAGGGAACUCCUGCAUCAGAACUGCAUUAUGGGCCCUUACUCUGUGCCCCCUUGUUCAGGCGGAAUGCCAAACUCGAACGAUCUACUGCUAUGAGUGUGACAGCUGGACAGACUAUCGGUGUAAGGACCCCUUCAACUACACUGCACUACCUCGCGAUCAACCUCCUCUACAAACUUGCAACGGGUGCUGCGUGAAGAUGGUGCGAUACUCCAAGAGCCCGUACGAGGUUGUUCGCCGCACCUGUACUUCACAACUCCAAAUAAACCUCUUUAUGGUGGACCACGUAUGCAUGAUGGAAAGUACUGGCAAUGGCCAUAUGUGCUUUUGUGAGGAGGACAUGUGUAACACAGCGUCGACAACCGGCACAUCACUAGCCUUGGUCGCAGCACUAGCGUUGGUCGCAUGCGCAUGCUUCAGGUGA